GCAGAAAGAUUUCAAUAUCGACGCGUACGGUGUACUCCACUCGCUCAACGCUCUCUUGGACAUCCUGUACAGUUCUGUAGUGUGUGUUGGUGUGUGUCGCAUAGUGCGUGAGAGCGAGCGGCGUUUAUCCGCGGGAGAAAUUAUUCUUUACGGCCAGAGAGUGAGAGAAACGGCUUCUCGGUGACGUUCAUCGACGGGGAAUGAUGUCAGACGUGAUGAUGGAUGAACGAGUGACUGAUGAGAUUGAGGCAUUAAAAGCAAUUCUAUUGGAUAAUGAGCUCAACAUCAAGGAAAAUGAUAGAGGAGAGCCAGAGUGUAUCGAGACGAUACUAUUUCCAUCAACCGGCGAAGAUUCUCAAUCACAAUAUGUUUGUGUCACGUUAAUUGUACGAUUACCCUCGGGUUAUCCCGACGUCUCGCCGACCAUAAAUUUGAAAAACCCAAGAGGAUUGGACGAAGAUACGGUAAAGCUGAUGCAAUCUGAUGCUGAGGCCAAAUGCAAAGUUUUCAUAGGUCAACCAGUCAUGUUCGAAUUAAUAGAGUUAAUACGAGAACACCUGACGAGAAGCAAUCUUCCCACUGAUCAGUGUGCCGUGUGCUUGUACGGCUUCCGUGAGGGGGAUGAAUUCACAAAGACAGAAUGCUAUCACUAUUUUCAUUCGCACUGCUUGGCGGCACACGUCGCCGCUGCCGAGAGAUAUUACAGGGAAGAGCAAGAAAAGUUACCACAAUGGCAACAGGACACUACAAAUAAAUUUCAAGCUAUAUGCCCCGUUUGCCGGGAAUCGAUCAACUGCGACGUUGAAAGCUUGUGGUCGGCACCGCCACCAAUCGACGUCGAAGCUGCCACCGAUUUUUCUGUCACCGCCGAGUUGAGAGAAUUGCAGAAGCAUAUGGCCGCUUUGUAUUUGCGGCAGCAACAGCGGGGCGGUAUAAUCGAUCUCGAGGCUGAAGGCGUCAAAAUGUUGGUGAGAACGGAGGACGAUCCCGCCGCUGCUGCGGAAGAGGUCAGCCCCCCUGGCACGAGCUUGAAUGCAUAUUCAAAUACGACUACCAUGCAAUCAGUUACUCAAGUGCAACACUCGAAACAAUCGACGCAUCAGUCACAGAACCAUCAUUCACAGUAUCAAUCGCGUCAGAUGCAGCACAAUCACGGCCACAACAAUCACAAUCAUGGCCAUCGGCACCGAGGACGCGGUCGAGCCCAUUAUCGACGUCACUUUGACAAAGUCAGGCAGACGGAAGCUACUCCCAGAUGACAAUGGGCUCGUGAUAAUUUUGCUGCCCAAGUCUGGUCUGGUCUCUUCUUCGCUCUUUUGCUAAGUGUAUACAAUACUCUAUUUAGCAUUAGUAGCAUAAUCGUCAGUGUAAUAUAUGAUGGCUGUUUGUCCUCCUCGAAUAGUCUCAUUACGAUAAUGAACUUAUAGGUGUCGUUGUUCGACGACAGCAUUCUCAUCGUUGUUGCCACAACGGCGAUGGGAUGCGUCGCGACUUCCCGUCUAGACUGUCUACGUAGAUCGAAGCCAUGGUGCUCUUUCUUCGAACAAUUCGUAAUCGUACAAAAUAGUUGAUAUCGUUUUGUUUUAGUUCCUUUUUCUUCUCUUUUUGUACUAUUUAAUUCACGCGGAAUCUCGUGACGUUUAAUUUAUUGGUUCUCUUCGUCUUUCGAGAAUAUAAACGAGUGUUGAUGUUUCAAAUUCUAAAGAAAAUCAUAAAAAUAACGAUAUCUUUUUCUUAACAUUAAAAAAAAA